UUUUUUUUCAAUCCAAGUUAGAUGUAAAAUAGCGGAGAGUGCAUCGCAUGUUUGACUUAGGGUUUAUCGACCCUGUGGGAAUAUUGUUGAAGCAAUGAGAUCUGUCCUUACCUGGAUAGAUCAAGCACACGACAGAGACAAAGUAGAACAAUGCAUUUAUGACCUUGCAUUUAAGCCUGAUGGAAGUCAGUUGGUAGUGGCAGCAGGUAACCGAGUAUUGGUUUAUGACACAUCAGAUGGAACAUUAAUCCAGCCUCUGAAAGGACAUAAGGACACUGUGUACUGCGUGGCGUAUGCUAAAGAUGGAAAAAGGUUUGCAUCUGGAUCUGCAGACAAAAGUGUUAUUAUUUGGACUUCCAAGCUAGAGGGUAUUUUAAAAUACACACAUAAUGACUCCAUACAAUGUGUUGCAUAUAACCCUAUUACCCACCAGCUGGCAUCUUGCUCCUCUAGUGACUUUGGUUUAUGGUCUCCAGAACAGAAGUCAGUCUCCAAACACAAAGUCAACAGCAAGAUUACUUGCUGCAGCUGGACGAAUGAUGGCCAGUACCUGGCUUUGGGAAUGUUCAGUGGGAUCGUCAGUAUACGAAAUAAGAACGGUGAAGAAAAAGUGAAAAUUGAACGACCAUCUGGAGCGUUAUCUCCAGUUUGGUCUAUUUGCUGGAAUCCUUCUAAGGAUGAACACAAUGAUGUCCUAGCAGUGGCAGACUGGGGACAGCGACUUUCAUUUUAUCAUCUGAGUGGUAAGCAGAUUGGGAAGGACAAAGUGCUGAACUUUGACCCAUGCUGUGUUAGCUAUUUUGCCAGAGGCGAGUACAUUGUAAUGGGAGGCUCAGAUAAACGGGUUUCUCUGUACACCAAGGAUGGAGUUCAUCUUGGUCCUAUUGGAGAACAGAACUCUUGGGUGUGGACUUGUAAAGUCAAACCAGAUUCCAAUUAUGUGGUUAUUGGCUGUCAAGAUGGCACAAUUGCUUUUUACCAAUUGAUCUUUAGUACAGUGCAUGGUCUAUAUAAGGAUCGAUAUGCCUACAGAGACAGCAUAACAGAUGUCAUUGUUCAGCACCUCAUUACAGAACAGAAAGUGAGAAUUAAGUGCAGAAGGCUUGUGAAGAAAAUUGCAAUCUACAAAAACCGAUUAGCAAUUCAGUUGCCUGAGAAGAUCCUUAUAUAUGAGUUGGUUUCAGAUGAUACUUCUGACAUGCAUUACCAAGAGAAGGAGAGGAUUGUCAAGAAAUUUGAAUGCAGCUUGCUUGUUGUGUGCUCACAGCAUAUACUUUUGUGUCAGGAGAAAAGACUGCAGUGCUUUUCAUUCAGUUGUGUUAAAGAGAAGGAGUGGCUAAUGGAGUCUUUCAUUCGUUAUAUUAAGGUCAUUGGAGGCCCACCAGGACAAGAAGGUCUUUUGGUGGGUCUAAAGAAUGGACAGAUACUGGAAAUAUUUGUGGACAAUCCUUUUGCUAUCACUCUUCUGAAACAAGGGACAUCAGUGCGCUGUCUGGACAUUAGUGCAUCCCGGAAUAAGCUUGCUGUGGUUGAUGAACACAAUACCUGCUUGGUCUAUGAUAUUCAUACUAAGGAGUUACUAUUUCAGGAGCCGAAUGCUAACAGUGUGGCCUGGAACACUCAGUGUGAUGACAUGCUGUGCUUUUCUGGCGGUGGCUACCUUAACAUCAAAGCAAGCAAUUUUCCUGUUCAUCAGCAGAAGCUUCAGGGAUUUGUGGUUGGUUACAAUGGCUCCAAGAUUUUUUGUCUGCAUGUUUAUUUCAUGUCAGCUGUGGACGUCCCUCAGUCUGCUCCAAUGUACCAGUACCUUGAGCGAAAGAUGUAUAGAGAAGCCUAUCAAAUUGCAUGUUUGGGGGUAACUGAUACUGAUUGGCGGGAACUGGCUAUGGAAGCCUUAGAAGGGCUGGACUUUGAAACAGCUAAAAAGGCGUUCAUCAGAGUACGAGAUCUCCGUUAUCUAGAACUGAUAAAUAGUAUUGAGGAAAGGAAGAAGCGUGGUGAAACAAACAAUGACCUGUUCCUAGCAGAUGUAUAUGCUAACCAGGGGAAAUUCCAUGAGGCUGCUAAGCUGUACAGAAAGACCAACAAUGAGAACAGGGCUCUGAAUAUGUACACUGACCUGCGCAUGUUUGAGCAUGCAAAGGAAUUUCUUGUUUCUGGAGAUCCAAAGGAUACCAAGACAUUAAUGACUAAGCAGGCAGACUGGGCUAAGAAUGUUAAUGAACCAAAAACAGCUGCAGAAAUGUAUCUGUCUGCUGGUGAGCACAUGAAAGCUAUUGACCUUAUUGGUGAUAAUGGUUGGAUUGACAUGUUGAUCGACUUGGCGAGGAAACUUGACAAGGCAGAGCGAGAACCUUUAUCAAAAUGCGCAUUUUACUUCAAGAAGCUACAACAUCAUGGAUAUGCUGCUGAAACCUACAUGAAAAUGGGUGACUUAAAAGCACUGAUUCUGCUACAUGUGGAUACUCAGCACUGGGAGGAGGCUUUUGCUCUUAUUGAAAGGCAUCCUGAAUUUAAAGAUUAUGUGUAUGUACCGUAUGCCCAGUGGCUGGCAGAGAAUGACAGAUUUGAAGAAGCACAAAAAGCAUUCCACAAAGCUGGCAGGCAGGAUGAGGCUGUGAAAGUGCUGGAACAGCUGACACAGAAUGCAGUGGUUGAAAGCAGAUUUAAUGAUGCUGCUUAUUAUUACUGGAUGCUGUCCAUGCAGUGUCUGGACAUAGCACAAGAAACUGAAGAGAAAAAAAAUGAAAUGCUGAAAAAGUUUCACCACUUCCAGCAUCUGGCAGAGCUAUAUCAUGUCUACCAUUCAGUUCAGCGUUACACAGAUGAACCCUUCAGCUCACAUCUGCCAGAAACUCUUUUUAACAUCUCCAGGUUUUUGUUGCAUAACUUGACCAAAGACACUCCACUGGGAAUCUCCAAAGUUAAUACAUUAUAUGCCCUGGCAAAACAGAGUAAAGCCCUAGGUGCGUACAAACUGGCUCGACAUGCUUAUGAAAAACUUCAAGGCCUGCAGAUUCCACCUAAGUUCCAAGAGUCAGUCGAACUCGGCAGUCUAACAAUUCGAUCAAAACCUUUUCAUGAUAGUGAGGAGCUUGUGCCAAUGUGCUAUAGAUGUUCCACUAAUAAUCCCCUUCUGAACAACCAAGGAAAUGUAUGCAUCAAUUGCAGGCAACCUUUUGUCUUCUCUUCCUCUUCCUAUGAAGUCCUACCACUUGUCGAAUUCUUCUUGGAAGAGGGAAUCACAGAUGAAGAAGCUGUAUCACUUAUUGACCUAGAGGCUCCAAGAACAGAAAAGAAGAGAAACAAAUGGCAAGAGAUUACAAAUACUGAUGCACAGACUCUUAGACUUGGUGAUGACAUCAUUGACGAGAUGGAAGAUGACCCAUUCACUGCAAAGCUCAGCUUUGAGCAAGGUGGCUCAACAUUUGUCCCUGUGAUUGUGAAUCGCAUGGUUUUAAGGUCAAUGAGCAGACGAGAUGUUCUUAUUAAGCGUUGGCCAAAGCCAUUACAUUGGCAAUAUUACCGAUCUCUGCUGCCUGAUGUCUCAAUUACAAUGUGUCCUUCUUGCUUUCAGAUGUUCCACACUGAAGACUAUGAAUUGCUUGUACUCCAGCAUAAUUGUUGCCCAUACUGUCGCAGACCUGUAGAUGAUGGUAACCAAUGAAGCUUUUGGUCAUGAUUACAUCAGUGAUCAAUUGCUUGGUUUGGAGAAAUACCUCUUUUUUAACAGCCAUUUUCUAGUUCCCGUCAGCUUUUUCAUCCAUAUGGUUAAAAUGUACAUGAUAUGCACCACACAUAACCACAUUUUUUUUCUUAGUAUACAUGAUAUAUUUUUUUCCCCAAAGGGUGACAUGAUUUUGUCAAAGAAAUAAGGAUUCCAUAUGAUCAAUAGGCCUUCAAUACAUUGUAGUGGAAACUGCGCUCAUUAUAAGAAAGCACUAUAAAACACUUAAUUGUACAGAUGUAUUUGCUACAUCAGAACAAUAUAUUUUUAUAAACCAUUUAUAUACAGACUUGUUUGCAAAAGUUUUUUUGUUAUCCAUUUAUUUUUACAUUCUGGCCAUAUUCUGUUUUUAUAUAAGAACCUUACUUAAUAAAUUCAGAUGUGUUGACACAAACUUUAGCAUGUUUUUAAUAUUACCUUUUGUGUUAUUUAUUUGUAAUGUGAACUUUUUAGCAGAUUAUUUUUCUAGCUAUGGGGUGGGUGUAAAGUUUUGAUACAAACAGCUGAAUUUUUAUAGAAGGAUUUGUGCUUUAUAAACAUGGGCAUAUUUAAGUUGUGCACUCCUUCUGGCAGUAAUAUAUUGCAGGAUGCUGCUUGUAAAAUGUAUAGUGUAAAGGCAGUUUCUUUUUGACAUCUCAAGAGAAUUUGUUCUGGGUUAUCAAAUCUAUAUGUGCAAACACAUUUUAUUUUUAACAAAAAUAUAGAGGUGAUCUGAAAUUAAAUAUAAUAGACACAUUCUCAGGAUUUAGGGUGACACUGUGUAACCGGACGAUGUUUUCUAAGCUAAAAUAUAAUGAAAGAGAAUUUGAUUUUAUAUUCUGUGUAUUUUCCCCAUAUUAGGAAGUGAAAUAAUUCAAUGUGCUUUACAUAUCCAGGUUAUUAGAAAUGGUAUACAAGUAAUGUGUAAAUAUACUCAGGAUCAGCCAUAUUCAUCUUCUAAAAUAUAGUUUUAUGAGCUUGUUAAACAAAGUUCAAGAUUCUUAUAAAGUGAAUUAAUGGUAAAUAGCUUUGCCUUCUGUCAUAUUUUUCCAAGCAUUUACUUAUUUUUUUCUACUGUAAUAUAUGAGUGUUCACUACUGCAUAUGUAAGCUAAGACACAUUUCAAUAAAACUUUUUGGACUUUG